AUGCGACGCGCAGCAUUAUCAGCAGCGACUCGCGCAAUACCACGGCGAGCGUAUAGCACGCCAGUCGCCCCGCCACAAGUCUUCACGCGCGCCACCCUGCAGGUCAUCACAGCGGCGCUCGACAAGCCGAACCGUACCCCGAUCUCACAGCUGCCGCCGCACCCCAAAGGCCUGCUCGCUGCGGCCAAGAAGCCGCGGGCGCCGCGCGAGGCCGGCGUGCUGCUGCCCCUGUGUAAUCUCCACGGGGAGGCACACGUGCUCAUGGAGAUACGCGCCGCCGGGCUGAGGAUACAUGCGUCCGAGGCUAGCUUCCCCGGCGGCAAGGCGGAGGAGACCGACGCCGACCUCGUCGCUGCUGCACUGCGCGAGACGCACGAGGAGCUCGCGCUGCCGCCAGAACAGGUGACCAUCCUCGGCGCGCUAGACGCAGAGUAUAGCCUGGGCAACCUGAGCCGUGUGUGGCCGGUCGUGGGAUUCGCGUCUUCCCAGCCUCUGGAAGCAAGCGCCGACGCCGACCAGCACACCCCCCUCCCCGACCUCGACCUGGCAACACUCACCCCCGAGCCCGGCGAGGUCGCCGCGAUCCUGCCGCUGCCCCUGUCCGCGCUCAACGACAAGUCGCGCCACGCGCCGCACUACUUCAGACUGGACGGCGCCAAGCCGUACUGGAAGAUCCGGUGCGAGGACCUCUGCGAGCCGCGCCUCGACGACCAGGAGCACCUCGAGAUCUGGGGGCUGAGCGGGUGGUUCUUGAGCAGGCUCGCGACGCGGCUCGGGUGGUCGGAUACCCCGGCCGUGUACCACGCCGACGACGACUCGGUGUAG